CCCACUACGAAAACUCCGUUUAAAAACUCGCCCAAAGAAAUUGGUUCCACUGGCAGUCUGUGGAGACCGUAGUCGUUAUCUGCAAAAGUUAUAGAUAUCUACGAUGUAUCACGAUUGAAAUUACGAUCUUAGAAGAGCGAUAAUCGGAAUUUAAAUGUUUAGUAUUUUACACCGUCUUCUUAGGACUUCUAAGACCAUGGUGGCGUAGUAUCUUAAAUCGUACUACCUAUCUUAAUAUUAUCAAUAUUAUCUAUGAUUAAGAUAAGGACACGUUAUCGUUAAUUUUAAUUGUGAACUGACAAACACAAUUUUAGGUAUAUUGUCUUUAAUCGUGCAGGCCAGUAACAUCGGUGUUUGUAACUAAACUUUGUUGAAUGCUUGCUUUUAAUUUGAAUUUAAUAAUUAUUUUACAUUUAUAAGCGAUAAACAAACUAAUUGAAUAACGAAGAGUAGGUAUUUCUAUUUGCUGUCAAAAUGUCGUCUUCACAAGGAAAACACAUGCCUAAAGAUACUCAAAUUAUUGUAUCAAUUAUGAAAGAUUUAGGAAUAAAUGAAUUUGACCAUCAAGUUUUAAAUCAUCUUUUAGAAUUUAAUUACAGUAAAUUUCAUUUGAUUUAAAUUGUUACAGUUUUUGUUGUGACAUAAUAUAUUAUGUUUUAUUUUCUAGGAUACACAACUCUUCUUUUGGAUGAUGCUAAGACAUUUUCAAACUUUGCUAAAAAAAAAAAUGUUGAUGUUGAUGAUGUUAAAGUAGCAAUACAAUUGGCACAAGAUGGGAUAUUUUGUAGACCUCCUCCACGUGAUGUGAGAUUAUUUCAUUAUUUUUAUGUAGUAUUUUAAGUAAGCAUUUUAUUCUUAUAACUAAAUGAAUAUGUGCUAGUGCAUAUUCUAAUAUAUUUUAUAAUCUUUAUAAUCUUAUAUAAAAUUGUAAUUUAAAUUGAAACUAAAUAAAUUAAUGGUGUUUCAAUAUUUUAAAUUCAAAUUUAGAAAGAAAAAUUGUAUUGGAUUAGGUUUAUUAAAGUUAUAGAGUUUUAGGAUAAAUUUGUCUAAUACUUAGGAAGUAGUUAAAUCAGCUACACUCUGAAAAUCUGAAUAUGGGACCCAAAUUAUAGUUAAAGAGUAGUGAUUUCUACACAUUAUAUAAGUGAUAGUGGUUUGUAGAGACUGGGGUUGUAUUGUAAAGGUAUAAUUAGAUUAAAUUAUAAGUAGAAAGCUGAUAACAUAAUACUCUUUAUUUUGAUCUUUUAUGAUAGAAUUUUGUACUUGUGUAGUACAAAUAUAUAUAUAUAUAUAAAAUAUAAACGAUUAAAUAAAUUGUGGGGUAACCAUGGAAAGGUUUGUAAAGUUGGUAUGCUAUAUUAGAAAACGGUUUGGAUGCCACUGUUUCUAUGUUAAAAAUAUAUAACAGUAACUACUUAUCCCUUCCAAAUUAUAUUACAGAAUAUGUUUCGAGCAAUAACUUAAUUAUUGACAAUAUAAAAACUAAUCAAACCGAUUCUGAACUUAUUGAAUUUGAAAAAAUCUAUGGUCAUUACAUACUUAUAGCUUAUAAUACUUUAACUUCUAAUGAUAUUCUAAGUUGUACAAAUCACAACUUUUUACUAAUUCUUUAGUAAAACAAAUAUUAUAAACAGUUUAAAAUGUUUCAUGCACAUGCAACUUAAAUAUUAAAUUCAGAAUCAAUAUGAGAACCGUAGAUUUAUAUUUCGUUAGUGAAUAUAGGUAAUUAAAUAAGUUUUACAAAUUGUGUUACAAAGUUAUAUAAUUUAUGUUAUUGAAAUAUUUUUACAUACCUACUUAUAUUACUAAUUUAACAAUACUUUGGUGAGUAUAACAGUAUACUUUUUGAUUAUUUAUAGAUGCUAAUGAAAGCAAGUAAUGAGAUAAAUAAAGUGCCAUUGCAACCAAUAAAGCCAGCAAUUGGGUUGCGAAUUCCACAUGAUCGUUCAAAUUUCUUACAAACAAACUAUAAGCUUAGAACUGAUUUGGUAAUAACUCAUUUACUAAUAUUAUAUACGGUUUUUAUUUUAGAUUCUGAGCAAAGCAAGGGAAUUAUUAUUAUCAAAAUGAUGUAUGGGUUUGUUUUUUGUCGGUAAGCAACUUUUUGACCAGGGAUACUUCCUAGUAAAAAUGUUGCCUAGUUGGUACAUUGGUAAGAUCAUUUUUUGAUUUUGUGAUUUCAGUUAUACUUUUCUUGGCACUUUUCUGUUAUAUCGACUACCUGUAUACACAGAAAAAUCUCAACUACCACAGAUAAACCACAUAUUAAUAUUAAAUCAUUGUUAACAACACAAAAAGCAACAAUAUUGCAUAUUGAUAUUUAUUAUAUGAUAUCACAUAUUUAAGAUAUAAAAUUUAAUACAAAUUAACAAUUGAUCCACAUUUAUUUCUUUGGUAAAUCAUAGACCUUAAACUAGAAUAGGUUCUAUGAGUAAAAUACAUUUUUCUUGAAAGAAUGCCACAGUAUCUUUCUUAUUUGUUGGUAAAUCCUAGAUUUUUUUUUUUAAAUCAAAAACAAAUUUUAAUGGAAUAAAACAAAAAUGUAUAAGUUUAGAAAAGGUGAUACCAAGUUAAUGUUUUUGGUUAACCUCAUGACCGCAUAACCAAGUAAUCGAAAUAACUGAAUUGUGAUAACCGUUAAAUCAUAAGUAAUCAAGAUAACCGAAAAGUACCCUUAUUAAAAUAUGAGGGAAAUACAGGAUAUACAGGGUAUAACAGAAUUAUUUGACCUUAGAUACAAUAUAUAAGUUGCUGUUAAUUUUGAUUUUGUUAUAAUUCAGUGAAAUAUAUUAGAGAACUAAAAUUUCCACAUAAACACUUUAUACACAUGGUACAAUUUUCAUGUUGUUUAUUAAGUUAUUCAUAACUAGACAAUCUGUCCAGUUCUUAAUUUUUUUUUACAACAUGUUUUCACUUUUUAUAAAUACUCGAUAAUUUGAUAACAGGCUCCAUAUAUGUUUAUAUAUUGAAUAUUUGUAGUCUUCAAUGAUUUUUAAAAGCUGCUAGAGCACAAAUUUUAAUAAAAUUCUUUAAAAUCACAGCUUUUAAUACUAUUAUCUACUAAUUAUACUUAUUUUAUCUAAAAACCUUAAGAGCUGAAGACUAGAUAUAAGUAGUCCGAGAUCUCUAUCUUGAACCUGUGGCAAAGUUUAAUAAUGGCGGUAAAGAGAGUAAACAUGCUAGAAAAAAAAGAAAACUUUGGUUCCAUAAAAAAAUCCAAUAAUUUGAUAAAAGGUUUAUCAGCUGCACUAGUGUUAAAAAAAAAAAAAUAGGAAAAUGUAUUAUUAUAACUGUUUUAAGUUAAAAAAUUUUAAAAACACAAAAAGUUAUAAGUUAAUAAAAUGUUCAUUUAAAUUUAUCUAAAACUAAUUAACCGAACUACGCUCAGAAUCAUUUUUUGUUUGCAAUAAUUUAUUUUUGGAUACUGCAUAUAAACUAAAUUACCUUUUUAUUUGUGGAUUUUAUAUCAUUUUUUUUUUAGUUUUCUGGAGGAAAUGUUCGUAAGACAGACACUAAAACAACCGCAGCAGAAAUGUUGGAAGCCUCUAGAAAAAUGGAAGUAGAAGAAAAUAUAUAUUCUCAAUGUAAUUCUUCAAUUUCGAUAUUUCUAAAAUUACAAUUUAAAUUUAAAUUUUCAAGACAUAUUUAUAAACUAAAUUAUUUUAUUAGUUUAUCAAAUUAAAAAAAUACUUGUCUGUGACAAAUUGAAUAACUAUAACUUCUUUUUCAUCUCUGUUGUUGGCAAGGUGACCCAUAAAUAAAUGAAUCCAUAAACAAUUCUUGUUUCAUAAAUACCAAACUCUUUUUUAACCAUCCUUUAGGUGUUAAAUUUUCAUAAUGAAAAGUAGAUAAUGUUCUUUUUUGAUAAAGUAGCUGUAAAUAUAAAAAUAAUGGAGUAUAUAUGUGUAGUAUGCAGCAAAAGACUUUGGGGGAGGAGUUAAAUAUGUGUGAUAUACAAGACAAGUAAUGCAAUUUGCUGAGUACCUACACAAAAAACUAAUAUUUUUAAUAACUUUUAUUACAUAAUCAAUUUUUGGAACUUUUCUCAUUAAAUGGCUUGUCGAACACUUGCGUUUAAAAAAAGUAAAAAAAAAAAUCAUGCAAAUUGAUUCGCUAGAACUCCAGAUAUAACUAUUCAAAGAAAUUGUCUCAUAUAUUAAUAAUGUAUAAAAAUUUGAUUAACCAUAUACAAUUGUUUGUAAAUUACUAUCAUUUUUAUUUGUUGCCAUAUUAUAGCUGAUCAUAUUCUGAGCAACUCUAUGGACUUUGACUUGCAAGAGAUUCUUGAAAACCAAAAAAUUGACCAAGAAAACAUUGGAGAAAAUGGAAAAGAUGAAUUGAUGGAAACUCAAACAUUUGACAACCGAUCUUAUUCCGAUAUUGCAUUGGACGAUGUUGUUGAAAAACAACUGAACGAUUUAUAAUAAUAUUUUACUAAACAAAAAUUCAUUCAUUUUUUUUCUUAAUAAAAUUAAUAUUCAUUUUUACUUUUAUUUUUAAAAAUAAAACAUAUAAUAGUUAAAUAUAAAAUUUGUAAUUUGUUAACCAUAUAUAUUGUAGUACAUAAAGUAAUAGUUAAAAACCAUGUUUGUCACUGGUGUAUAUUUUUUACAAUUAUAAUAUGAAAGAAAUAUCACUUAAGUAUACAUUUAUUGAUAACAACAUAAUGUUUUAUAAAUAUAAAAUUAUGCCUAAAUAAUGUUUUCUUCUCAUCAUAAUGGGGAUUUAUCAAAAUUUGUUUGAUAAAUAAUAAUAAUUAACACAGUUACUAAUUUGAGUGUUGGGUAGAAAUGUGAUAAAUGGUAAUCGUAUUUUUAAAUGUUUUUAUUUUAAAUCCUCCAUCCCAAAAAUGUGAUUCAGUUCAACUUACAGCCUUGUGGCUAAUUAUAAUAUUUAAUUAUAUCAAACAAAAUUUUUUUUAAAUUUGUAACCUGUCAAAAAUACCGUGUGCUACUAAACUAUCAAUUUUUUUAUGUAUUAUUUUCAUCAGCUCCAAUUUUAAGUUUAAAAACCAACACAAAAUCUAUCCAGUCACUUACC